AUGAGCGAAACAAAACCAGGACAAAAAAGAAAGGCAACAACCAAAGAUAACGCAAAACCACCGAAAAAAACGAAGAGCACGAAAAACAAAGAAAACCAAGAAGCUGAAUGUUCAACAGAAAUAAACGCAGAAUGGAAAGACUACGAGUUACUUGCAGAACAAAAACAUUUGGACCUGACAAUAUCACAAAACAUUGUUCAGUUAUUCGAAGAGGGGAACACUAUCCCGUUCAUUGCAAGAUACAGAAGAAAUGCCACUGGUAACAUGACCCCUGAGGAUCUCAGGGAAGUAAAGGAGUGCUUUGAAGAUAUUUGUGCGUUAAAAUCAAAGAUCUGCACUGUUGUUAAAGCUGUGGAAAAACUGGGUCAAUUAAAUCCUGUGCUACGGAAAUCUAUAGCUUCUGCUAGAACUAUUGAAGAGUUGGAGCAUAUUUAUGCACCUUAUAAACCUGGUGGUAAAAGAACUCUAGCAGAACGAGCUAAAGAAUUGGGUUUGGAAGAACCUGCCUUAACUUUAAUAAAUAAUACCAAACCAGUAUUUUUGAAUCAAUAUGUUAAACCUGAUGUAGCAGAUUUAUGUAAGCUCGAAGAAGUUGAAAAAAGAGUUAUGCAUAUUAUUGCUUUCGUUAUUUCUACUGAUACUGAUAUGUUGUCAUUUUUAAGGAAUUUGCGUCCAGAUGUCAAUUUUACCAUAGAAACUAAACAUUCUUCCACAAAACCAGCAACCAAAGCUAAAAAGACUGAUUCCUCUAAACCUGUGGAUGAAUCAAAAUUUGAAACCUAUUUUGAUUUUAGAAUACCAACCAAAUUUGCCAAACCCCACCAGAUUUUGGCAAUAAACCGAGGAGAAUCUCAAAAAGUAUUAUCUGUUAAAAUAGUGGUUCCAGAUUUUGUGUUCAAUAAAUUCAACAACUUUUGCACAUAUAAGUGGCUCAAAGUUGGCCCUUUUAAUCAUGACAGAAACAGAAUAAUCAAUGAUGCCAUACAAGACUGUUACACCAGACUAAUUCAACCUCUCAUCAUAAGAGAGGUAAGAUCAGAGCUGAAAUUGAAGGCUGAAAAAGCCUCAUACGACGUUUUUUCGACGAAUUUAAAGCACUUACUGCUGGCGCCACCUUUGAAAGGAAAAACUAUUUUGGCCAUUGAUCCUGGAUUUGCCAAUGGGUGUAAACUGGCUGUGGUAUCUCCUACUGGUACUCUUUUGGAUAAUAAUGUUAUAUAUCCACAUACCAGAAAAGGUGGAGGGGAGAUGGUUCUACAAAAAAUUUUGUUAAGAAACAAUUGUGAUUUAAUAACACUGGGAAACGGAACUGCCUGUAGGGAGACAGAAACUUGGUUAUCAAAGCUCAUCCAAGACGGACUUUUUCAACCCUUGGACGUUCAGUACACCAUAGUGAAUGAAGAUGGCGCUUCGAUAUAUUCUUGUAGCGUUGAAGCUAAAAAAGAAUUUCCUGAUGUUGAUCCAAAUAUUAUUAGUGCCGUGUCUUUGGCCAGGAGAGUUCAAGAACCUUUAGCAGAGUUGGUUAAAGUUGAACCGCAACAUUUAGGAGUUGGGAUGUAUCAACAUGAUCUAAAGAAAAAACAAUUGGAGGAAGCUUUGGAUGGAGUUGUAUCAGAAUGUGUCAGCUUUGUUGGAGUUGAUUUGAAUACCGCUUCACAAUGUUUACUGAGACGUAUUGCCGGAUUAUCUGACAAAAGAGCCUCGCAAAUAAUUCAGUUUAGAGAGGAAAACGGACCGUUCACCUACAGAAAACAAUUGACGGAAGUCAAAGGCAUAGGCGCUAAAAUAUUCGAGCAGUGCGCAGGUUUUUUGCGCGUCGGUCCUGUGGAUUCUAAGGAAGCAGCCACGUUCUACAAAAAACCCAAAACUAACAAACUAGACUGUACUUAUAUUCACCCCGAGUCGUAUGAUGUAACCAAAAAAAUAUUAAAGAAAUUCAAGCUUAACUUGUCUGAUGUUGGGAGUGGUGAUUUCAUAGAUAAAAUAAAAUCGCUUGUUCCGACUUUAGAUUUAGAUAACAUGUGUUCUGAGUUUGACUGCACCAAGGAAACUUUAAACUUAAUCUUGGACACUCUCGCGAAACGCUUAAACCACGACUUGAGAAGCGAAGUGUCUAAGGUGCCGCUGUUCAAAAAAGGUUUGACCAGUAUAAACGACAUUGGCCCAGGUACGGAGCUAACAGGUAGGGUCAACAAUGUAACGCACUUCGGGUGUUUUGUCGACAUUGGAGUGGGUUGUAACGGGCUUAUACAUUCCAGCAAAAUGAACGGGUUUAAUCUACAAAUAGGCGAUAGAGUUGCUGUUAAGGUAUUAAGUGUCGAAAUUGAUAAAAAAAGAAUUUCUAUUGAGGCUCUUCAAAAGUUGUAA